GAUUUGCCCUGUCGUCCGGAAGGUAUCCACAGAGUGAAACGAGAUCCAGAGAGCCACACUCUAGCAUAGUCGAGGUUGUAGUAGUAGUAAAUCAUUACCCGUGUUGUUGCAUAGAUAUAAAGCCCCCAUGUCAUCUUCGAGUUUCGAAAGUCUCACAAUUCUACUUUGUUUGUCUCUUUCGCUCCUCUCGUCGUCUCUUCUUGCCACUUCUUGUGCGCCUCCGUUCCUAUAUCCCAUUUUCAGUGGCUCUUUGUGCGCGACGAUAUAUGGACAAGGAGGGUAAACCCACGCCUCGCAUUCGCUUCGGCGAUGAAGAGGAUGGUCGCGUCGGUCGACAAGCAAACCGCGAAGGAGGUGGUGCCCAUGCAAGGCGUCACUCUCGAGCAUCGAGUGUGGCCUCUGGUAUCUCGAUGCACAGCCAAAGCAGAACCGUACAGCCCGAGACUGCACUUCCCAUCACCUAUCGCACUUUAUCCAUAGAGGUCGAUGAAAACCUUCAUCGCCAACAGGAAGCUGUCAAGAAGGUCAAGGAGAAGGGCACCGUCGAUCUCGCCGGGCUCGAGUGGCACACAAUCACCACUGACGAGAUUUGCCGUCGUCUCUCUGUUGACACGCGCCAUGGUUUGUCCGAAGAACAGAUCAAGCGCCGUGUUGGGGAGUAUGGCAAGAACAAGAUGACCCCUCCGCCAUCCGGCCUUGCUAGUCGUCUGUUUGGAUACUUCUUUGGCGGCUUUGGCUCCAUCCUUCUCGUCGCGAGUAUCCUAGUCUUCAUCGCAUGGAAACCGCUUGGAAAUCCACCCGCCGUGGCCAAUUUGGCUCUUGCUUGUGUCUUGCUCGCCGUGUUCGUCAUUCAGGCUGCAUUCAAUGCAUGGCAGGAUUGGUCCUCGUCGCGUGUUAUGGCUUCGAUCGGUACGAUGCUUCCUGAUGCCUGCCUUGUCAUCCGCAACGGCAACCAGACCAGCAUCUCGGCUAUUGAUCUUGUUCCUGGCGACAUCAUCGUCAUCAAGCAAGGCAACAAACUCCCUGCCGAUGUUCGUUUCGUCGAGGUAUCCAGCGAUGCCAUGUUUGACCGCGCUAUCCUCACAGGUGAAUCUGAGCCCUGCCCAGCAGCCGUCGAUGCUACCGAAGAUAACUACCUCGAGACACAUAACAUUGGAAUGCAAGGCACCCACUGCAUUUCGGGCAGCUGCCUCGGUGUUUGCGUUGCCAUUGGCGACAAGACUGUCUUCGGUCGCAUCGCAGAGUUGACGAGUGAGCCAAAGACUGGCAGGACACCUUUGCAGAACGAAAUCCUCAGAUUCGUGCUCAUCAUCUCGAUCUUCAUCACCACCGUCAUCAUCCUCAUCAUCAUCCUCUGGGCAGCAUGGCUUCGAAAGGAUCACCCAGGAUGGAUCGACGUCCCACUUCUCAUCGUCAGUUGCGUGAGUGCAGCAGUCGCAUUCAUCCCAGAAGGCCUCCCCAUCGCGCUCACCACGAGUCUUACCAUCGUCGCAAACAUCAUGAGGAAGAACAAGAUCCUUUGCAAAUCUUUGAAGACUGUGGAGACACUGGGUGCUGUUUCUGUCAUCUGCUCGGAUAAGACAGGUACUUUGACCAAGAACAGUAUGGUUGUAACGGAUAUCUACGCUGCUGGCGAAGAGUACACCCCCGAGGCUGCCCGUGACAUGAUGGCUGUCCUUCGCUCGGAACAAAACCUGAAGACGCCUGCUAGGAAACGCGAGGAUAUCAUUGAUCAGAUCCGCAUACUCAGUGGCCUCUGCAACUCAGGCGAGUUCGACGCUUCAACAAUGCACAUGCCGAUCCACGAGCGUAAGAUCAAUGGCGACGCCACGGAUCAGGCUGUCCUUCGUUUGUCCGAAAGCCUUGGUUCCGUGGCUGAGCUUCGCCAGAAUUGGAAGAAGGUGUUCGAGAUGGCAUUCAACAGCAAGAACAAGUUCAUGAUCAGGUUGAUGACACCCACCAGCCAAGCCGCUUCGAACAAUGCGACUACCCUGAUGAUUAAGGGAGCACCGGACAUUCUCCUGCCACGUUGUAAUACCGUUCUUGGUGAUAAAGGCGAGGUCAUCCCCUUGACCGAAGCCCAGACAAGACGGAUCGAAGAUGUCAAGGAUACUUGGUCUAGACAAGGUAAACGAGUCAUUCUGAUGGCACGCAAGAGCACAAUGGCUCCAUUCUCUGCCAACCACGAGAAGGAAGUCCUUGUCGCUGCUCGAGAGGGUCUGACUUUUGUCGGCAUGGUCGGUAUCGUCGAUCCUCCUCGCGAUGAGAUCCCAGAGGUUGUCAGAAUCCUUCGCAACGCCUCCAUUCGAAUUUUCAUGGUUACUGGUGACUUCAAGCUCACGGCGCAGGCAAUUGCUGAAGAGUGUGGUAUUAUAUCCAAUGUUUCAAUGAUUGACGACGUCACGGCUCUUGCUCGAGAAGUCAAACAUGGGUUCACUCGGCGCUCGAUUGUUCUAAGCGGUCCCGAACUGAUCACGCUCAAUGAAAACCAAUGGGAUCAACUGUGCCAAUACGAAGAAAUCGUCUUUGCUCGCACGACACCAGAGCAGAAGCUUCGAAUUGUCAAGGAGUUCCAGGCGCGCGAUAACGUUGUCGGCAUGACUGGUGAUGGCGUCAAUGAUGCACCAUCUCUCAAGGCAGCUGACAUUGGUAUCGCCAUGGGCAGCGGUUCGGAUAUCGCCAUCGAAGCAGCCGACAUGGUCCUUCUUGACUCCUUCGCAGCCAUUGUUCAGGCUGUCCAAUAUGGACGUCUGGUCUACGACAACCUGAAGAAGACCAUCGUUUACCUUCUUCCUGCUGGUUCUUUCUCCGAGCUUUGGCCUGUCAUCACCAACGUUGCCUUCGGUAUCCCUCAGAUCCUUUCCUCAUUCCUUAUGAUCAUCAUUUGCUGUUUCACAGAUUGUGCCGCCGCUAUCACCCUCGCCUACGAAAAGCCUGAGGCCGACCUCAUGCUUCGACCGCCGCGCAACAUCAAGAAGGACCGUCUCGUCAAUGCUAGGCUCAUCUUCCACGCCUACUUCCUCGUCGGCAUGUUUCAAUGCAUUCUAUCCUUCGCGAUGGCGUUCUGGUACAUGGAAAGACGAGGCGUACCGUUCGCUGCUCAGUGGCUCAAGUUCGGACAGUUGGAUCCCCAGUACGACCCUGACUAUGUCAGUGCUGUUGCGAAUGAAGCCUCAUCUAUUUACUUUGUUACAUUGGUCAUCAUGCAACUGUUCAAUCUUCUUGCCACAAGGACUCGUCGCUUGUCGCUGUUCCAGCAACCUCCGAUUUUCAACAAGGAAACACAGAACCUUCUUUUGUUCCCGGCGAUGCUGUUUGCCAUUGUCAUCGUCUUUAUCUUCUGCUAUAUACCUUCGCUCCAGAAGUCCAUUCUUACUACUCAAGUGCCGGUUGAGUAUUGGUUCCUGCCCGCAGCAUUCGGUCUUGGACUAUUGAUUCUCGACGAGGCCAGGAAGUACGCUGUCAGGACUUGGCCCAAGGGAUUCUUUGCUCGCAUAGCAUGGUGAAAGGGUUCGAUUUCGUCCUUUCGUCAUUCAUCAUACCAACAUCAGGCGAAUUUUCAUAGCCUUUCAUCUCAAUACCCCUAUCUCCUUUCUCAUGGCCAACUGCCGAGCUUUUACUGGCUUACUCAGCCAUUUGUUUUCAUAGAACAUCUUUGGGCAUCGUUUCGCC